AUGGAGCUCUCUGGAGAGUCUGAUGGGUACAUGGCUCUCACUGUGUCACAAGACGCUUCACUGGUAAGUCAAGUUCUGUCACUUAAAGUACCUUCGAGUCGAGCCUCAAGCCACAGUUUGUUUUAAGUCAUCUUGGUAAACGCAAUGUGUUGACCAUUUCUGUUUUUUGUCCACAGGGAGGGAACGACGAGACCUAUGUCUGUGCAAACGACAAUGGUGUUCUCAAAUUCAUUCCUGCUCGCCUCAACAAUAGCCAGCUGACAGAAACAAUGGUAAGUUCAGCUUUACCCAGACUACAUGAAAUCAAAAACAAUUUUUUGAUAAUGAUGCAGUCAUUAACAACCAAAUCUUUACAUCUCAUUUUUUAUUUAUUUGACUUCUGGGCUACGAAUCCCAUCCUUGAUCAAGCACUCAACACUUAAUGAUCAUCUUCUUUGUCCAUCUCUGUUCUCAAGCUGAAUGUCAACUCUGUGAAAGGCAGCAUUAAUGGAAGCACAAUCCAGUGUACGUUUUCUGCCACCCUACCAACCCAAACAACAAGAACUCCAAAUUUGGCACUUGGAAUCAGCAAGGGAGCUUUCAACAGCAGUAAGCUCACAAAACAAAAUUACAGACAUACAAAAUAUAACCUUUUCACCUAUCAACCAUACCAUAAUCACACACACUUUCACAGUGAAUAUGAUUUUUAUAAGAUUAUAAUACAAUCUUUUUGCCUGUGUUUACAGCCAGUGGUACUCUUGGAACCCCAAGCACUGUAUUCAGCAGCGGUCUUGUUGACCUGGGAAAUCCCAACGCCACAGCCACCAACCAGAUUACAACCACUGUUGCUCCUACUACUGGCCAUGCUGUUGUACUCCAGCAGUCAUUUGCACAAGGUGAGUGAAAGAGAUAUGGUCAUUUCUAGAACUGGAUGAUAAUUUGAGCAAUGUAAUUGGGAUGUAAAAUAGACACAAUACAGGAAGAGCCAUGUCGGUCAUAUGACCUGAAUCAUUUCAUGCUUUCACCACUUCCUGGUUAAACUGAACUACUGUAAACAUCUACUACUGAUGCUGCUCAUCAGUUUGCAUCCAUGUGUCACAUGAGAAGCUUUAAAAUGCAAACAUGUACACGAUGCUUCCACUGUCACAAAUACCUCAGCAAACGCUCAGUAAAGCGAGUAAGAUUUUUCAACAGUGUUCCCACUUAUCCUGGUUCAGACUGUUAAUACACCAGGAAUACGGAUUGUUUACUUAAAUGUCUAUUUGCAGUGCAUGUGCAUUGCAGUGAUGUGGAAAUCAACUGCAGAGCUAGACAGUGAGUUUGAUUAGGCUGUCACAGACUUGGUGAUGCAAAUUAAACAUAGUCUUAGACUUACACAGAAAUAAUUCAGGACUUUUAGAUAAGUCAAUUGCGCUUACUUGCUUCAAGUUUAAAAAAUAAACAUUUCAUCCACCUGUAGCUCUCUCCUCCUCUAGUCUUUCUACUUCUGUGGGUGUCACAGCCACUGUCUAAGGGCUGGGCAAUGUGUGUUCAAAGUAGAAAAAGAAGUUUUGUUUGACAGCUUAUUUAAACAACAAUGAAAUGUUAUAAACUCCAGUAUUUUUUUAAUAUUGCACUAUGGACACAAAGAAAAAAAAUUGCAACACACAUUCUUAAUCAAAAAUAUACCAUGCAGCCUAAGUAAUUCCCUUAACACAACAGUUAUCCAAAACAUACACUGAAAUGUAUCUAUUUGCACACUUUGUAACUAAUUUCUCUUCUCUAUCAUCCUUAUCUGUAGCCCUGCUGAUGACUGUGGGUAUGCUCUGUCUGGCCAUGCUAUGA